GUUGUUCAAUUGGGUACGUACUACCUAACGGGUAAUAGUCACCGUUUUCUUUUAGUGUAGUCAGGAACGAAACAUCCACCUAGACCGCGGAAAACGGGCAGUAUUAUUCCAAAAUACGCCAUGCAUAUCCGUAUCCUCAUCCAUUCUUCCAGCUCGACGGCAGGGGGGGGAGGGGGCCUUUCUUUCUCGAACCACCAUCUGGAAUGGGCCUUGUCCAUUUUGACGGCGCUAUACGGGAUCUGUGCUGCAGAUUUCAAUAGUUUUUGUGCCGACCCUGAAUUCCAGCCGCAAUGAAAGAAGGCCCGGGGGAUGGGGGGGGGGGUGUUGCUCUCCUCGCCGCAGGGCAGGUAAGAUCAAAGUCAGCACCCCUCCCCUCGAACGCGUAUAGGGAGGAUCGGCGCGCCUCAUCGAGGGGAAGGGGGGGAAGGGGGCUUAUCUUCUUCUCGCUUGACAAUCCAACACACUGAUUUUCCCUUCUAGGUGAUGAUAUGAGUAUUCUCACCACUUUCUUCCGCUUCGACCUCAACUUUAUGUUUCCACAUAUGACAUAUCUCCAACCUUCGUCCAACUCGCAAGGUUGAGAUCGAUCGACUUGAGCGACGCUGCUAUUGUGCUAUACAUGGCCCAAUAGCAGGCCAUACUCUCCUUGACGAUACCACCUCACCAACAUAAGCUUAAGCAGACACUAUAACAUUUUAUUUUUAUUUUUAAUUAAUUAACCCCCAACUUCUGCCCAUUGAUUCUCUCCCCGCAGCAGCGAGCGCGGCCGCCGUAAUGGCUGCUACUGCAUCGACCGAACAACGCAGCGAGGGACGGGCCGGUUCCUUCUCAUCCUCCUCGUCCGACACGGCGACGCAUGUCGGGAGCAGCACCGUCUUGGCGCGACUGGGCGACGAGGAAAAGCUCACCCCGCCAGAAGACCUCGAGAUUCACGAGCUGGAGGAAUACGGGGACCACUCGUCCAACAGCGAAGAUGAUGCGCUUCUCAUGGAAAAGGAUCAAGAUGAGCCGCCCAAGCCGCCUCAACCACCGCCAGAACCGAAGAAGAGUUCUUUCUGGUCGUCACUGAUAUGGAUGACGGUCAACACUUUGGCUACAAUCGGAAUUGUCUUCACCAACAAAGCAAUCUUCACCGACCCCUCCCUGAAACUAGCCCAGCUCUCCUUCGCCUCCUUCCACUUUCUCGUCACCUACCUAACCCUCUUCACCAUCUCCCGCCCCCGCUUUGCGUUCUUCGUCCCCCGGCGCGCCGCCAUAAAAGACAUCCUCCCCCUCAGCAUAGCCAUGUCCCUCAACGUCAUCCUCCCCAACCUCUCCCUCGCCUUUUCCUCGGUAACGUUUUACCAACUCGCCCGGAUCUUGCUAACCCCCACCGUCGCCCUGAUGAACUACAUCCUCUACCGCGCUACCCUCCCCAGACUCGCGAUUUUGGCUCUAAUCCCCGCCUGCGUAGGAGUAGGCAUGGUCUCGUACUACGACUCCCUCCCCACGAGCAACACCAACAUCAAAACCACCUCCUCCCUCGGGGUAAUUUUUGCCUUUCUCGGCAUUUUUGCCUCGUCUCUCUACACCGUUUGGAUUGCGUCGUACCACCGGAAGCUGCAGAUGAGCUCCAUGCAGCUGUUGUUCAACCAAGCACCUCUUUCGGCGUUUAUGCUGUUGUACGUCAUCCCGUUUGUGGACACUUUCCCCGAGAGCUGGGGGGGUGUGAGCGGGAGCAAGUGGGUGUUGAUCGGGAUGAGCGGGUUGUAUGCUAGUUUGAUAAACAUUAGCCAGUUUUUUAUUAUCGCGCAGACGGGGCCGGUGAGCAGCACGGUGGUGGGGCAUGUCAAGACUUGUACUAUUGUCGGGUUGGGGUGGGUGACAAGUGGGAGGGGGGCGGGGGAUAAGGGGGUGGGAGGGGUGGUGGUGGCGCUGGGGGGGAUUAUUGCGUACUCGAUUGUGAUGCUCAAGGAGAAGAAGAAGGGUGGGAAGUAAAAUCAAAUGUAACAUAUGUCGUGUAGGAUGGGGUUGGUUUGGGUUGGGUUGGUAUAAGGGUGUUGAUAUCUCUGGGUAGGAAAUUCGGGCAAGGCGUUUACGGUAAAUCAGGAUUACAGAUCUCAAGGGGGGGGGGAGGGUUCGGGCAUUGGCGAGAGCAAGAGGGAAAUGAUGUUGGCUUACACCCUUUCAAACAUCCCAAUGCUUCCAUACCUUGGCUACAAAACAAAAACCAAUAAAUAGUCAAAAUAUCAUAGUCACAAAUUAAUCGUAACAAAUGGCCAUUCAUUACUACUUGAG